GCAGUGAGGAGACCUUGAAACAGUGCACAUUGCAGAGUGUGGGCGAUGGAGACAGCAGCAAUGGGAGGCCGUACAAGCACCCUAUGACAAAAAAAAUGGAACCCACCAGCAGUGUGAGGAGACCUGAAAGUGGCACAUGGCAGAGUGUGGCGAUGGAGACAGCACAAUGGGAGGCCGUUACAGGGACCCAUGACAGAUUACGGUCAUCUGGCAGCAGCAUUGAGGAGGCGGUAACAGGGGCCCAUGGCAGAUUACGGGCCUGGCAGCAGCAAUGGGAGGCCCGUAAUCUGCCAGCACCCUAUGACAAAAUGGAACCCACAGCAGUUGCGUUGUUGAGAGACCUGAAAGUGGCACAU